GCAGCCGGAAAAACCUCCGCUUGCUUUGACUGGGAUAAGAGAGGAGAUUGUUUCGUUUUGCAGCCGUUUCCUAGCGCACCAGGAACCGCUGCAGCGGCCUGACACUGCUAGACAUACCCCCCGAGCACCACCCGGACACUUCUCCAGCCAGGAGCUGGCAGAUAGGGAGAGGCUUCAGCACCGCGGACAGCACCCUGCCAGCGGCCCUCCCGCCCGCGGCGCCCCGGAGCCAGUGGUCUAGGCCAGCUAUGCCCUGGGGAUGCCCCAGAGCUUCGGCCCCAUGGCGCUGCUCCUCAGCUUUGGCCUCCUCCGAUUGUGUUCCGGAGUCUGGGGUAGAGACACCGAGGAGCGGCUGGUGGAGCAUCUUCUGGAUCCUUCCCGAUAUAACAAGCUUAUCCGCCCAGCCACCAAUGGGUCUGAAUUGGUGACAGUACAACUCAUGGUAUCUCUGGCCCAGCUCAUCAGUGUGAACGAGCGGGAGCAGAUCAUGACCACUAAUGUCUGGCUGACUCAGGAGUGGGAGGAUUAUCGCCUCUCCUGGAAGCCUGAGGAGUUUGACAACAUGAAGAAAGUUCGGCUCCCCUCCAAACACAUCUGGCUGCCAGAUGUGGUCCUAUACAACAAUGCUGACGGCAUGUACGAGGUAUCCUUCUAUUCCAACGCCGUGGUGUCCUAUGAUGGCAGCAUCUUCUGGCUGCCGCCUGCCAUCUACAAGAGCGCUUGCAAGAUCGAAGUAAAGCACUUCCCGUUUGACCAGCAGAACUGCACCAUGAAGUUUCGCUCGUGGACCUACGACCGCACGGAGAUCGACUUGGUGCUCAAGAGUGAUAUGGCCGGCCUGGACGACUUCACACCCAGUGGCGAGUGGGACAUUUUGGCCCUGCCUGGCCGGCGUAACGAGAACCCCGACGACUCCACUUACGUGGAUAUCACGUACGACUUCAUCAUCCGCCGCAAGCCGCUCUUCUACACCAUCAACCUCAUCAUCCCCUGCGUGCUCAUCACCUCCUUGGCCAUCCUGGUCUUCUACCUGCCGUCCGACUGCGGCGAGAAGAUGACGCUGUGCAUCUCCGUGCUGCUGGCCCUCACGGUCUUCCUGCUGCUCAUCUCCAAGAUAGUGCCGCCCACCUCCUUGGACGUGCCGCUCGUCGGCAAGUACCUCCUGUUCACCAUGGUGCUCGUCACCUUCUCCAUCAUCACGAGUGUGUGCGUGCUCAAUGUGCACCACCGCUCACCCACCACGCACACCAUGGCGCCCUGGGUCAAGGUCGUCUUCCUGGAGAAGCUGCCCACGCUGCUCUUCAUGCAGCAGCCGCACCACCACUGCGCCCACCAGCGUCUGCGCCUGCAGAGACAGAGACGCCAGCGCGAGCGAGAGGGUGCGGGAGCCUUCCUCUUCGGUGAGGCCCUGGGCGCUGACUCCAGUGCGUGUUUCGUCAACCCAGCGUCUGCCCAGGGCUUGGCUGGGACCUUCAAGGCUGAACCCUCCAGAGCCGGCGAGGGGCGCUCAGAGGGAGCAUGUGGCUGCGGCCUCCAGGGGGCUGUGGAGGGCGUGCGCUUCAUCGCGGACCACAUGCGCAGUGAGGACGACGACCAGAGCGUGCGUGAGGACUGGAAGUAUGUCGCCAUGGUGAUCGAUCGUCUGUUCCUCUGGAUCUUUGUCUUCGUCUGUGUCUUUGGCACCAUCGGCAUGUUCCUGCAGCCUCUCUUCCAGAACUACACCACUGCUACCCUCCUCUACACAGGCCACUCAACCCCCAGGUCCAAAUGAGGGCUCCCCAGCUCCGUGCUCCUUUCUCCCUUUGCCCUCUGGGUGGAGGGGGGAUAAGCGAGCUACCAGGACGAGGGGCUCUGCCUCCAGAAAUCCAUGCAUUUACUUCACAUGGACCGUUAUUCCCACACCUUCCCCAGUCCCACGAUCAGGAGGUUGGCCCGGCAGCAGGAGUUUCGGCAGCUCUCCUCUUGUGUCAGCCUGAGCAGCAGUGUUGAUGGUGGAGGAUGAAGGCUGAGAAAUGGAGGAUAGAAAAGCCUUCCACCUGGAGGAAAGCGUGAUGGGGUUGGGGCCAAGGAAGGGAGGAGCCGAAGCAAGGAGGCCUGGGGUGCCCUGAUUAGCCUCGCUGGAGAGCAGCUGGCUGGGUGCUCUGCAGCAGGCGGGGGCGUGUGUCCAGAGGGUCAGGCUGGCGCAGUGAUCACAAUUCUGCAGGUAGGUUCCCCUCCCAGUCCAGCAGCCCCUUCUUCUAAGGGGUCCAGCCCCAGGUGAAGACUUCUCUGACCUCCUGGACUUCCCUCUCCUUCCUUUCUCGCUUGGACUAUGGUGGUGAGCAAAGCCUGGUAUUGGGAAGAAUCUGAGUCUGGGAGUCCUGCUGAGAGCCCGAGAGGCAAGUAUUAGCAUAUGCGGGAAGGGCAAGUUCAGACACUGUUGUCCCAGUUGAAACAUAGGUGCUUUGGAGUGAGGUGUCAGCCCCAAGCAGACCCAGCCCCUGGGCAGUAGCAAGCAGGCAGGUCAGUGGAGUCCUGCGGAGCAAGAAGACCGUAGCCGCUCCUGCUCUGUCCAGCUGGCCUGCUUCCCUUCUCCAGCUUCCGCCCCGCCUCUCCUCUUCCCAGCCGAACCUGAACAGUUUGAGCAGAACUUUAGCAGGACAGGUUUGCUGCUGCCAGUGGCUCCCCAGAAAGCCUCCCUGGCCUGUGGGCACCUGGAGUCUGUCUCCUGCCCAAGGCUUCCCUAGCUGGGCUGGAGGCCACCUGGCCAGUUAGCAGGAAACAGUUUUCAGGCCUCUCCUGCUUCCCCAGCCCCCAGUGACUGGUUCUGAUUUACGGCCCCAGCCUGUACUCCGGGGGCCAGCCACAGAGGGGCCAGCCUGCCAGCUGCCCACAAAGGUCUGCCCGACAGAGAGCAGCUGGACCCUGCUUCUCCAGGUAGGGUGGCGGGGUGAUGGGGCCAAUGGUAGGGGGAGGCACAAGGGGAGGCCAGGAGCCUGGCCAGGGGUCUGGUCUGUGUCCUAGUCCCAGCUCUGCCACUUCCUGGUAAGUGAGUAAGUCUCUGUUGGUCUGCGCCUCAGCUUCCUCAUCUGUAAAGUGGGGACGAUAGUGCCCUCUUCCUGGAGAAGCUAAGAAGAAGAAGGGGUAUUUUGGGAAAACCUCGGGCUGUUCCUGGCAGCUCAGAUGCUUCGUGGACAGAUGCUUCAUGGACUUCAGGUCUUAGAGGCAGUUGGAGCAGGAGCUCCAUGUCAUUGUGCUAAUCCUUACCUUCCAUCUAUGGGAAGGAAGCCAAGUCCCCUGAACAGGGCCUGGGUUCAGGGUGUGUGGGGGCGGGGGAGUUGGGCAGACACAUCACGGGGGUUGCUUGGGUCAGUGACAGGUGGGUGAGCUUCUUCCUGGAGCCCCCUGAGCACUGCCCUGCCCCUGCUGGGCAGCUGUGUGUUCAGGGCUUGGCUGACCCAGUUCUGUCCUGGCCUAUCCCGCUCGAACGAGCUGUUGUGUGAGAAGUGGCCUAGCCCCGAAGGGGCUCAUGGGCCUCACUUCUGAGAGGGGUUGUUGGCCCUGUAGAGACUUCCUUUUUCUAGAAUGGCAAAUUCAGAGUUACUGUGUCAUGCCUGGAUCCACCUCAAGCUCUGGGGCAACCUCCAGGAGCUGAAACAGCAACUAGAAAAGGAUGCUCCUUCUGAGGGCUCCUGGAGGCCCCUGGCACUCCCUAGAUGUCUCACCAGGGCCCAGGGCCCCUGGGGAGCCACUGCCAGCUCUCCUGUGGCCAACAUAUCCUGAAAUUGGC